UCGCGUGAGCUGUGGCUGGACCCGGAUGUGAUGGAGGUAGGGCGCGCCCAUAGGGCGCGCGGAGUGGACGCGGUGCUAGGCUGACUGAUGUCACCAGCUGGUUUCCAGGCGGACGUGUUCUGAGGGUUGUCAGCACAGGGUCCCUGCGAUGCACAACCGCGCACGUCCUUAUAGGUCGCUGUCGCCCAUCGGGCUGUACUCGUUUUCUUCCGCAGACGUGUGUUGUCAGGGAUGGAGGCAGCUGCGCUGGGACCUGGCAGCUCGCCGAGAGCCCUGACUAACGCUGCCGUGUGAGGCCAGCGUCGUGUCUGUCCAGUGGAGGGCCAGGCGCGGAGAUGUCGAGGGUCGAACACGGGUGGCGAAAGGGCCAGGUUCCCGUGCUGUUCUGGGCAGGUGCUCUGAGCAGUGUGACGGGCACGUGGUGCGGGUGGCCAACUUCCGCAUCCAUUUGGAGACGUAGGUGUUGUAACAGACCGAGAGCGAACUUACAGAAUUAGGUGUUAGUGGUAGUCAUUCCCCUAAGCUGAAGGUGGCGGAGCUCAGAGUGGGAGCCAGUUAUUCAAUAAAUUGUUGUGCGGAGUGUAAGGCAUGAUCUGUGUUGUAGGAUGUUACAGUAUGGUUGAGGUUGGGGCAGCCUUAUUAGGCUAUUUUCUACACGCACACUAACCAUAAAAAUGUUUGUUUUGAUAAGUGGGAUACUAAAGGGAUACCAAAAAGAAUAGUGUACUAUUCAUGAAACUCAUGGAGCAUCUGUGCACUUCUAUAUUAACAAGUUUGAUAAAAUGAUUUAAAAUUUUAAACGUUUCAAAGCACAUAAAUUUCCUUUAAUAUUCAAUUGCAGUGCUUUACUCAUACAGCUGCCAUGCUAUCUAGAAAACCUAACAGCAGCACACUUAAAUGCAUUUAUAUUAAGAUAUAAUUUUUUUGUGAUUUAGAUACAUGAUAAUAUUCUUUCCUGUAAACUGCCUUUUAUGUUUUAUAUUUCAGAUUUUAAUAGGGGAUCCCAUUACCACAUGUCUUUCUCCCUGCGUAUAUGACAUGAUUUGUAAACUUGGGUUUGAGUUGAAAGAAAAUUGUAAUAUCAAUAGCAUUGUAGCUCAAAAUGGUGAAGUAUGUUGGAAAACAAUCACAAACUGUGUAAGCUAUACACAUCCAGACCAGAGUCUCAAUUACUGGGAGAGCGUGCAGCGGCUGGGCCCUGUGUGUGAGGCCAUCCAUCUGCAUUUCUUAUCUCUGACCAAAGGGCAGUUUGAAAUUCAGUAUGCGCCGUGGUUCCAGUGGACAAGUUUUCCAGAGCUAUUUCCUGAAGUGUUUGAUGCCUUGAGAAGCCUGCACUCUGCUACCAUUUCUCUGAGCUUAAUGAAGCUGACAUCGUGUCUAGAGCGAGCCUUGGGUGAUGCAUUCUUGCUGAUUGGGAAAGAAUGCCCCUUUCUUUUAAGAGAUCUCCUUGCAUCCGAGGAGCUUGCUCAUGUCUUUGGGCAGGCUGUGAUGGAUGUGCUCAAAGUCUUCAUCGGUUCGCCCCGUGGACUCAACCUGCGGAAUGUCCUGUGGCAUGGAUUUGCGUCACCUCAAGAAAUUCCUCCAAAAUACUGUUCAAUGCUGCUGUUGUUGACAGCAGGAUUGGGUCAGUUACUCGAGAGUUAUUGUCAACAAACUAAAGUCACAUUGGCUCAUCGAUCUUUUAUAACGCUUACAAACUUGGAAGAUUUAAUUGUUUUUCCUGAUGUUACUCAUAAGAUACUUUCAGUAUUAGAAGAAGUGAUGACGAAAUCCACCUUUAUAUUAAAAAUCAUGUUACCAUAUUGGGAAAUUGCACUGAUGAAGUUCAAGGCACACAGGUUUGCCGACUGCACCAUAUUGUUACUGACACAGCUGGAGGCUGGGCUUAGGAGAGUUUUUGCAGCAGUUAACAAAUGCCCAGACACACUCUUGACUGCUGAGUCAACGACUCUUUACACAACCUUUGAUGAAAUACUGGCAAAACAUUUGAGUGAUGGUAAAAUCAACCAGCUACCUCUUUUCCUUGGAGAGCCUGCUAUGGAGUUCCUCUGGGAUUUCCUGAGCCACCAGGAGGGUCCCCGUAUACGUGACCAUUUAAGCCACGGGGAGAUCAACUUACUUGAAUUUCCAAAGGAAGCGGCCAGUCAGUUGCUUGCAUUUUCCACUGUCCUGUUACUGCGAUUCUGUGAUCCAGAGGUGCUCUCAACUGUUAAGGAGGAUACAGCAGUAAGGCUGCUGCUGAGUCUCGCGGAAGGCUACCAUUCCCGCUGCCACCCACUGUUUCAGCUUAAAAAGCAGGUGCUGCGCUGUGAGGAAAGCCUCAGGAUGUGGCCUCUGCUGCCCUUGCCAGAAGAACCCAGUCAGGACGCGGCCAGAUUGGAAGAUACCGAAACAAAUGCCUGCUAUGCUUUAAUUACAAAAAUUUUGGAAGAGCUCUGUCACCAGAUGCUGGAGGAUCAUCAUGUUCCCCGGGUCUUCGAUGACCCUCCUGCUGAGGAGUGGGCCCUGCUGCUCAGUGCACUGUGCCGCAGGCACGUCUCCGUGCUCUUUUGCCCCAGAGCAGUGCUCGAGGUGCUGGCUGUGCUCCGCAGCAUCACCUCCCACUGGCAGGUCGUGUCCAACCAGGUGGUCGCCUCCUUGCAGCUGAGGCACCAGCAGUGGGAGGAGCGGAGGCUGCGCUCCCGGCAGCGACGGAACUACCUGAGCAUGCGGGCCAGUAUUAGGCUUCUGUCUCCUGUGCUUUACCUGACUUUAUUGCUCAUUGCACUAGAAUUGGUCAACAUUCAUUUUGUCCAUGGAAAAAAUGCUUACGAAUAUCAGCAGUAUCUAAAGUUCUUAAAGUCAGUCUUGCAGUAUUCUGAGAACCUCGUGGUCUAUACCAGACCAGAGAAGAACAAAUGGAGAGAAACCAUCAACCUUACACAUGCAGCUUUGAUGAAAAUUUGGACUUUUACUGAGAAGAAACAAUUGUUAAUACAUUUAUCCAAGCAAUCUACAAGUAAAGUAAUCUUAUGAAAACACUUA